AUGGAAAAACCUGAACCGCCCGUUCGAAAGUCAUUUUUUGCUGGCGAUAGCGUCGAGAUACGUGUGACGAAAGGCAUAUCAUUGCGCAAAGGGGAUCUACUGUUCUGGGGCAUGCCGGUGAACAACGCGACCGAUGCCAGGAACGUGUCGUUCACUGACGCCGUGACAGCCAGCAGUGGCAACGGUCUGCAGAUCUUCCAUGUGUCGCUGUUGUUAAGCCCGAAGUACAUGGUUCACGCGACGUCGAUAUCCGGCGUCGUUCAGGAGGAGGUGUCCGUCUACUCUAAACGACUACUAAAGGAUCGACCGUUGUAUGAGGUUGUCGCCAUGGCCGUCACCAACUUCCCAGACCAUGUCAAGGACAUAGCCGCUGACUACUGCCUCAACCAGCUGGGCGCCUCAUAUAAUGAUGUCUUCUCGGAGAGGUGCGUCGACUCGCGCGGCACCAAAGCGUUCUACUGUUGCCAGCUGGUACGCAAGGCGUACGAGUACGCCGCCGGUCGUCCGGUGUUCCCGGUGCAGCAGCUGAAUUUUAAUGACACAACCGGCACCCUGCUUCCUUACUGGGUCGAUUACUUUGCUCAACGUAACAGAAUGGUGCCUGUCGAUGAAUACGGAUCUCAUCCAGCUCGACUGCUCAAGUCUGAUCGCCUCACACAGGCGAUGUGGUGCACGCUGAGGUCGGGUGCCAUCGGCCAGUUCGCCAAUGCCCUUUCGUCAAACUUCGUCGUCUGA